AUGUCCUCCUCAUCUAGUCUUACAGAAGACUGGGGAAGGCGGGGAAAUGCCGAUCCCGAUAAUGAGCGUUGCGAAGAGACGUCGCCGAGUGACAGCCAGAGGUUAGGAUGGUUUACUAUCAUGUGCCUCAUUCUCAACCGCUCAAUAGGUACUGGUAUCUUUGCAACUCCAUCGAAGAUAUUCCUUGGUGUAGGCAAUGCCGGCACGUCGCUUUUGCUGUGGGCAUUCGGCGGGGUAGUCGCUCUGGCCGGUCUGCAUGUGUGGAACGAACUCGGUCUUUCUGUGCCUCGAAAAUAUGAAAGGAGCGUCCCGCGUAGUGGAGGAGAGAAAAACUAUUUCGAGUACAUGCUCAGAUCGCCCGCCUUCCUGGUCACAUGCAUGUACGGGAUCGUCUUCCUCAUUCUUGGGAACUUAUCUGGCAAUGCGAUUCAACUCGGAGUAUAUGUCAUGGUUGCGGCAGGCCACGACAAUCCCUCCAAAGGCCCUGUCCUGGGAAUUGCAAUUGCUGCGUUAACGCUCGCCGUCUCUGUCCACAUUUUCUCACGUCGAGGGGGCAUUGUGCUAAACAAUGCAUUCGCAGUAUUCAAGGUCUCACUUCUUGUCACCAUCAUUAUCCUGGGGAUUCUUCGAAAAUCUGGUCUAGAUCUGGGCGGCGGCAGUACGCAGACUAAGAACUUCGAGAAGCCAUUCGCAGGUUCAUCGUCCCAUCUGGCGCAUUAUGUUGACUCGUUGCUGUACAUAUUGUACUCAUACUCCGGGUUCAAGCAGCCAUUCUAUGUUCUCGGAGAGGCAAAAACUCCAAGGAGGAUAUUUCCUUGGGCCACAAAUGCCGCUGUGCUCAUCCAAUGGCUACUCUUCGUCUUGACGAAUGUUGCUUAUCUCUGGGCAGUUGACGCGACGCGAAUUGAAGAAACGCUUGCAGAGGACUACAAUGGGCAGUCAGACAUGGUGAGCUUGUUCUUUGAAUCGAUCUUCGGUACCGAAAGCCCCACCCCCAAAAGAGUGAUGACUGGACUAUUGUCGCUCUCGAUCUUGGGCAAUAUCAUUGUCAUGACCUUCACUGCAGCUCGCGUCAAGCAAGAAAUCGCAAAGGAGGGCAUCCUUCCCUGGUCGCUCUUCUUUGCCAAAUCCACUCCCACACCGUGGGCUUGGCUGAAGCUGCGGUGGGCCUCCAAACGCCGUCAUAGCCAUGCUCAUCCGGGUAGUGGUGAUCGCUUCGCAGCAGCCGAACGAGAGCUACCAGACCAGAGCCCGAUCGCCGCUCUGGCCCUUCAUUUAUUCACCUCCGUCUUCCUCAUCGUCGUCACAGCCGGCCUCGACGUUGAGACCAGCUAUACCUUCCUGAUAUCCAUUUAUGCUUACGUCAUCAAUGGACUGAUUGGUUUCCUUGCUGCCGGUGGCCUUCUGUACAUGAUGUACCUCCGAGCCGAGGAAUGGCGCAUUGUUUCGCAGUUCCGUCUCGGCCCCUCACGCUGGACACAGUCCCUCCCGGCAUGGCUUUACUGCCUCUUCACGGGCUUUCUCAUUGUCUGCUCCUUUGUUCCUCCACCCUCCAGCGACAGAGAGUACAGUGAUAGCCGUACCGGUUUCCCGUGGUACAUCGUGCCCGCAAUCGGUCUAUCCUCGAUCCUCUGGGGCCUGAUCUGGUAUGGUGGUCUGAAGCUGGAAGAGCGAAGACGAGGCGAGAUUCUCAUCAACGAUAGGAAUCCAGCGAUUGAAGAGUUUGUUUCGGAUGAUAAGACCCACAGGGAGUGGAUCAUGACUUCUGAGAUUAUCACUCGUAGAUGGAUGACAAGAGGGUACCGUCAUGAAAUGGCUAUGGAUUGA